AUGUCGAAGCGAACAAGCAGCGCAAUCACGAACGGUAGCCCGGCCAAGGACACCGCCGACAGCUUCGCCGAGCCCGCCCACGACAAGCAGAAGCUUCUUCUCUCCGCCGACACUGGCCACUUUUCGCUGAUUCGCGCCCUCCAUCUCGCCGAUGCGAUCACUCUCUGCAAUGGUGCGUCCUCCCAUCUGCGAUUAUCUCGCCUUCCUUUGGCCUAG